AUGAACAAUAACGCAUUGGUGCUACUGUUUUAUUCUAAGCACGUGCGUCCGUUAAUUAUACAUUAUUUCUCGCAUUGUAAAAAUCUUAUAUCUGAAGUAUUUAUUAUAUACAAUUGCGACGGAGAUUAAGGAAUUGUUAACCUCGAAAUGAGCUCAGACUGGUUCUACCAUGCCCCCCAGAAAAGGAGGGAGAGACAGGUGCAAGAUGCGCAGCCAGACAUGCCGCCCAUGUCCCAGAUCCCUGGAUUGAGUGACCUGUCGAAGGAAGAGGAUGCCACCCAGCAGAAUGCUAACCGAGGAGUGCUUCUCAGGGACUCAGACUCCAAGUACAUCAAACUGGCAAAGAUGGGAGGACGGAAAAAUCUGCUCUACUUCACGCAGCCAGUUCCCAGUACAGAACCCAAAAAGUACCCAAUCCCAGAGUGGUGGGGAAACAAAAACACUGGAAUUGAUCCAGCAGAGGAAGACAUGGCAAUCACGAGGCCUAAGCCCUCGAUUCCAGACUACAUGGUACACCAUCCUUACCUCUCGAAAGACGACAUGCAGAUAAACUCAAAGGGAAGAUCCAGGAUUCCAUUUGGACAGGAUGGCCAGAGUCACUGGGGAAGAGACGCGGAGGACAAUGUGCGAAACCCGCACAAUAUAGUAAUUCAGAAGCAGAAGCGGCUGUUGCUCCCAAUUGAGCCCCGGCUGCGAAGUGUAAAGGACGAAAGGCCAGCUGGCAUAGUAAUUCGAUCACGCGCUCAAACGGCUAAAGAGAGAUCUACUUCUGCUGCAGAGCCUUUCGUGCCCGAAUUGCCCCAGCGCAUGAAAACAUUCAUUGCGACUAAGGAUGGCGAGCCAGCAGUGUUCUCUAAGAUUCUAAACUAUGGCUACCAACGGGAAUGGCUGGAUGAGCGUGAGGAGCAGAGAAGGGCAGACGAGGAGAAGAGACGCCUCUACUCGCAUAACCUGAGGAACACACUCUCUGAGAAAGGAUACAGCCUAGUAGACUCAACCAACAAUCAACAGCAAACGCAAAGUGCAGCCGCGUUGGGAGAUCACAAGGCCUCCAAUGGAUCUGCUGCUGCUGCUUCUGGUGCUGUCAGGAGGUACCAACCCUCCUCCGCAGCCUCUGGCAUCAAACCCUGGAAAACCACAACAAAGACUGCUCAUCACGGACCAGUCCCUACAUCCAGUUUAUACAAAAUGAAGAGAUUCGAAAAGGUUCCCUCGAGAGUGAAUGCUCCUUCAGUGCAAGAAGUCCAUUAAAACCAGAAAGUGCGGACUGAAUUACAAUCUCCUUUCUCCUCUCUGUUUAUUGUCAAAAAAGAAACUUCCAAAUUUAAUUUGCAAAUAAACCUAACAGAAUGA